GUCGUUACCCGUGAUUAUUCAUGAGGAUUCGUCACAUAGAUAUAUCUGCUGAAUGUUGACAUUAAUUUAGAUUGUGAAAUUGAUUUCUCUUUUAUUGAUCAGUUCUCAUUGUCACAUGUAAAUAUAUUUCGUAAUUUUACGGGUCAAAUUUAGGUUCUAGAUUACGAUCAAAACAACCAGCGUCUACCAAGGACUUUGUGCGUAUAUAUGUGUCAAAUGACCAAAGUGUGGUAUGUUAUUUGUUGAUAAUUGAUAAAUGUCCAUCGCCAUUCGGUUUUCCCUCUAAACACGGUUGAAUAGUUAAAUUUGUUCAACCAAAUUGAUAGUGCCUUUAUUGAACUAGUACAAUAACCAGAAUGUCCGGCUCGCAGACGUCGUUAAUCGCCAGUCUGGUUCACACAAUAAGUGCCCAUACAUCUGAUGUCAAUUGUGUGGCGUUUUCUACCGAUAACAAACUUGCCACCAGCUCUGGUGAUAAAACUACAAGGCUUUGGGAUAUCAACGACUUCACGGAACUACCCAGUUCUCCUUUGUGCGGCCAUACCUACUAUGUACAUUGCUGUACGUUUUCCCCGUUUGGGACCACAGUGGCCACUUGCUCUACCGAUGGUAAACUGAUAAUCUGGGACGUGCAGAAUGGGAAGAAAGUGGCGAUGUUACAACAUCAGAAACAGAAUGGUAUACGUGUGUGCCGAUUUUCUCCGAAUUCGAAAUAUUUGAUAUCGGGAAGUGAUGAUGAAACUGCCUGUUUAUGGAACGUACAACAACAAAAACUUCUCAGAACCUUUGCAGAGCAUGAAGCAUCAAUUGUUGGAUGUGCAUUCUCUCCGGACAGCAAUUUCGUGGUGACAGGUUGUUCCAAUGGUAACCUCAGAGCUUGGGAUGCUAACUAUGGACACUCCAAACAUUUGGCCUACAUCCUGGAAGGUCACGACCUUGGGGUGACAUGUUGUGACUUCUCUCCUACCUAUGGGUCUGCACGAGAGGUGUACAAAGAUGGCAGUGUAUGGUUCCUGCUGGCGACUUGUGGCCAGGACAGCCUGGUCAAGCUCUGGGUGUUCCAUACUCAAAUGGGCAGUAGAACGGUUGAUUUGACCACAAUACACACAAUGGUUGGACAUAGUGGCCCGGUCAUGUGCUGUUGUUUCUCCCCGAAUGGUCAGCUGCUUGCCUCUGCGUCAAUCGAUAAGACCAUCAGACUGUGGGAUCCAGCAACAGGAAGCUCACUACACAUAAUAUCUGGACAUUCACGGUACGUAACCUCGUGUGCCUUCUCCAGUGAUAGCCAGUUGCUGGCGUCAGGAUCUAACGACAAGACAGUACUGGUAUGGAAGAUCACCACACAAGGUGAAGCGAUCGAUAACCUGAACACAGACCAGGACAGGAAAGGUGCGGCCGAGCAGAGCUAUAUGACUGUAAAGCCUAUAGCCCAGUGGGCCGUCGAAGACGUGUGUAACUGGCUAGUCACCAUUGGGAUGGGGCAUUAUACAGACAACUUCAAGUCUAACGACAUCGACGGCACCGAGCUAGUCAGUCUCAACAGCGAAAUGCUCAUCUCACUCAGAAUAGAUGCCCUCGGCCAUAGAAACAAGAUACUGAGAGCCAUGAAGUGUAUCAGUGUGAAGAAUGAACAUCUACUGAAAGAUCCUGAUGCUGGCAUUCCAGAUGAAUAUCUUUGUCCAAUCACCAGGGAGCUGAUGAAAGACCCUGUCAUAGCAGAGGAUGGCUACACUUACGAGCGGGCGGCCAUUACAGCGUGGACCUCCAAGGGCAAGGACAGGAGUCCUAUGACCAACGCCAUUCUCUCCACCAAACAACUCACUCCCAACCGCAGCCUCAAGAUGCUCAUACAACGGCACCUCAAUGGAUAAACAGACCAGGACUGUUGUGUGCUGUUUAUUUUCAGAUCUUGACCACAUGUAAUUAUGAAAUAUUUGUGGACACAAGUUUUUUCCAAUCAUUAUUUUGCUAAGUAACCCAAAGGCUAAAGACAUCCAUUCAGAAAUUCAUGGGGUCUUGUCCAGAGAUAGUGCUGACAGUUGAGACGAAGGGUGAAACAGUCAUGUAUAUAUAUUCUGGCCUGCAGUUAUGGCCACUACUGGGGAAAAAAUCAAAUUUUACUGCAAAGUUGUUAAGAUACCACUUCAAUGCCUUUAUUGAAAAAUUAGGGAUAAAAUAAAAUUGAUAUCUUUAAAGCAAAAUCAUUAUUGAUGUUAUAGUCAUUUGUUAUUUCCAUGAAAAAGUAUUCUUUAAAUACUUAAUUUUGGUCUAACUGUAAAAAUUUGAACUAACAAUUAAGACAUUUAUAUUAAUCACUGAACAGUCAUUAGAUUGCAGAACUGGUCUGGGCGGAGCACUGGUGGCCAGAUAGCUCAAAUGGUUAGUGCGCUUGUCUAGAGGUUAGAGGUUCCAGGUUCGAGUCCCGUCUGGUUGUUGCAUUUUUCCUCCCUGUUCAAUAAUGACAGUCUAUAUACAUAAUGUUAAUCUGUAUAAACUUUUAACUGUUAUCAGGCCUAUUGUUUCAUGUUAAAUGGCCGUCACAAAUCGUUUGUCAAGUUAAAUGUAUUUUUGUUAUGAACUGUUUGUGAGAUAUUUUGUUGAUCUGUUGUAUGAAAAUACAUUAUGUACUUUGUGUAUUUCUCAAACAAAAUUAAAUUUAUAACUACCAGUUAUUUUUAAAUUUCCUUAAUUCUAAAUGUUUGUUUAUCAAAAGUAAUGUUAAAACUCCUGUUUUGACAUUUAUAAUCAUUUAAAACAGUAAUAAUAUUGUUUUUAGUAACAAAAAAAAUUAUAAGAAAUAUUAGAAUUGAUGGCCUAUUACAGUUUGAUGAAGUUUCACAAUAACACUUAUAUACAGGUAUAUAGACAAUAAUUUGUAGUAAAGUACUAAAUGUUGUAGCUUUACAUUGUGAUAUUUUUGCAAGUAUGGAGGGAAAAUCAAAGUAGGAUUGGUGUUGUAAAGAAACUGUCCUACCUCGUGUGUGUGUCUGCCAUAAGAUACUGGAUCAGACAGACGAUCUGUUGCUGGUUCAAUGUCCAUUUCGUAUAGAUUAAUUAUAGGGUAAUCACUGGACGGAACAUUAAAAUCAUGAUUGUUGAUAGAUUAAUCACUGGAUGGAACAUCAAAAUCAUGAUAAAUAAUGGAUUAAUCACUUGAUGGAACAUCAAAAUCAUGAUAAAUAAUAGAUUAAUCACUUGAUGGAACAUCAAAAUCAUGAUAAAUAAUAGAUUAAUCACUUGAUUUAACAUCAAAAUCAUGAUAAAUAAUAGAUUAAUCACUUGAUGGAACAUCAAAAUCAUGAUAAAUAAUAGAUUAAUCACUUGAUUUAACAUCAAAAUCAUGAUAAAUAAUAGAUUAAUCACUUGAUGGAACAUCAAAAUCAUGAUAAAUAAUAGAUUAAUCACUGGAUGGAACAUCAAAAUCAUGAUAGUGAUAUUUCCGUUUGUGGAGCUUUAUUAAUCUGCUUUUCAUUCUUUUGUUGUCCCAUUAUGCAUGCAUGUAAAUACUUUUGUUUUUGGAGAGCCAUGUUUGUAACAAUGAUCGUCAUUGAAUAUGUCCAGCUCGGCAGCUCCUGCAGUGUGAACCGAUUAUUUACGACAUUACCAGGAUAACAGUGUCAAUAUUAGACUAAAACAAACCAAUCAGGCACAAACAAAGAUCAGCCAAAAUGAUACAAAAAUCUGCCUACCACAGGAAGUUAUUUAUUGCAGAGUGAUUACAAGCUUAUGUCUUUAUGUUAUUACUGAUAACUGGAUUAUUGAUAUUGUACACAUAUUUUUAUAUACAUUUGUAUACUAUACCAGAUUGAUCUUGAAGUCCUACUUUUCUCCAUGUUUGUGUUCCAUUGUCAUUAGAUAUUAUACACUGUAUAUAAUUUAAUUUGUAUCUUAUUCAAAAUAUGUCAAAUGAAAACAAAAAUGAAAUCAAGAUUCAAGUUAUUUUGGUUACUGGAUAACAUUCCAAUUCAGAUUUACACAGGUUUUAUAUUAGAAAUCCAGUGUUAUUUAUAAGGCCAGAUUACACAGGUUUUAUAUUUAGAAAUCCAGUGUUAUGUAUAAGGCCAGAUUAUACAGGUUUUAUAUUAGAAAUCCAGUGUUAUCUAUAAGGCCAGAUUACACAGGUUUUAUAUUAGAAAUCCAGUGUUAUCUAUAAGGCCAGAGUACACAGGUUUAUAUUAGAAAUCCAGUGUUAUCUAUAAGACCAGAUUACACAGGUUUUAUAUUAGAAAUCAAGCGUUAUAUAUAAGGCCAGAUUACACAGGUUUUAUAUUAAGAAAUCCAGCUAUAUCUAUAAGGCAUGAUUACACAGGUUUUAUAUUAGAAAUCCAGUGUUAUAUAUAAGGCAGAUUACACAGGUUUUAUAUUUAGAAAUCCAGUGUUAUAUAUAAGGCCAGAUUACACAGGUUUUAUAUUUAGAAAUCCAGUGUUAUCUAUAAGGCCAGAUUACACAGUUUUAUAUUUAGAAAUCCAGUGUUAUAUAUAAGGCCAGAUUACACAGGUUUUAUAUAAGAAUUCCAGUGUUAUCUAUAAGGCCAGAUUACACAGGUUCUAUAUUUAGAAAUCCAGUGUUAUAUAUAAGGCCAGAUUAUACAGGUUUUAUAUUAGAAAUCCAGUGUUAUAUAUAAGGCCAGAUUACACAGGUUUUAUAUUAGAAAUCCAGUGUUAUCUAUAAGGCCAGAUUACACAGGUUUUAUAUUAGAAAUCUACAGGUUUUAUAUUAGAAAUCCAGUGUUAUCUAUAAGGCCAGAUUACACAGGUUUUAUAUUUAGAAAUCCAGUGUUAUAUAUAAGGCCAGAUUACACAGGUUUUAUAUUAGAAAUCUACAGGUUUUAUAUUAGAAAUCCAGUGUUAUCUAUAAGGCCAGAUUACACAGGUUUUAUAUUUAGAAAUCCAGUGUUAUAUAUAAGGCCAGAUUACACAGGUUUUAUAUUAGAAAUCCAGUGUUUUCUAUAAGGCCAGAGUACACAGGUUUUAUUUAGAAAUCAAGUGUUAUCUUCUAGAAAUCCCUUGUGAUUGUUAAGGCCAGAUAACAUAUUUUUAUCUUUAGAAAUUCAUUGUGGUUUUUAUUACACAGGUUUUGAGAAAUCUAGAAGACUUCCGAUGGUGAUCAAAAUGUUCUCCAAACCACCGAGUCCUAAUUGACGUCCAUGAUCAAACUUUUUUUCCUUCGAUACAUUUUGUACAUUAAUUCCUGUACUGUAGACGAAUCCACAAUGGUGAUCAAAUUUCUGUGAUAGGCAUGAUUGUCAUUUUAACUGUUGUUUGUUCCGAGUUAUUUCUUUGUGGGGAAAUUUAAAUACAGUAUAAUAAAUCAUAAUUUUGUAGAUUUUCUUCGUUUUCAAAGUGUUACAAGAUAUUCUGAGUGGAAAUGUUUUGAUUUUGUAAAACUUUGUAUCUGGAAAUGACAAAUAAAAAGUGCUUAAAAAGUGAA